UCUCUCUCUAAAUAGUCUGAGCUUUUAGUCCCCACUUGAAUUCCUACUUGCCCUUUGUCCUCUGCAAAGAAAACCAGAAAACAAGAAAAGGAAGAUGGGCUACUACGUUUCCAUCUCUACCAAAUCACUAAUCAUCACCACCUUCUUCGUCCUCUUUUCUUCCUCCUUCCAUCUACUUUGCAACACUUCAGUCCCAGAAACCAAAAGAGAAACACUACAAGUCAUAAUAGGUGGCGGUAUUGGCGGUGGCGGUGGCGGCGGAGGUGGAGGUGGUGGCCGCAGUUGCAGCAACGAAAAUUGUUCUCCUCCUCCUCACACACAAACCAAAUGUCCACCUCCUCCUCCACCUGCGCCCAAGAAUUUAAUUUUCGCCGACCAAAGACUAGCUAUGGUAUACCCUGUAAUCCAAAACUUUAAGAAAACAAUUACCUCCGACCCUUUCGGAAUCACCAAAACAUGGGUAGGCUCCAAUAUCUGCAAUUACAAAGGCUUCUUCUGCGAGAGUCCACCAGACAACAAAUCCGCCACCGCAGUCGCUUCCGUCGACUUCAACGGUUUCGGACUCACAGCCCCAACACUAGACGGUUUCCUCGACCAACUCGCCGACAUCGCUCUCUUCCACGCCAAUUCCAACAAUUUCACAGGCACAGUUUCCCCUAAAAUAGCCCAUCUCCGCUACCUCUACGAACUAGACCUCAGCAACAACAACUUCUCCGGCGAAUUCCCAACCGCCGUCCUAACCAUGAAAAACCUCUCCUUCUUGGAUAUCCGGUUCAACUCUUUCACCGGUUCAGUGCCGGUUCAGGUAUUUAACCUGGCUCUCGACCUUCUCUUCGUCAACAACAACAAUUUCAUGCAGAAGCUUCCAGAUAACCUGGGCAGCACCUCAGUUCGGUACCUCACCUUGGCUAACAACAUGUUCGUGGGUCCCAUUCCAAAGAGUAUCGGGAAAGCUGCUAACACUUUGAUUGAGGUUCUCUUCCUCAACAACCAGUUCUCGUGUUGCCUUCCGUACGAAAUCGGGUUAUUGAAAGAAGCGACCGUGUUCGAUGCCGGUUCGAACCAGCUCACCGGACCGUUGCCGUGCUCCUUGGGGUGCUUGGAGAACAUCGAACAGCUCAACUUCGCCGGGAACGACUUGUACGGUGCAGUGCCAGAGUUGGUAUGUGCGCUGGGGAAGCUGGAAAACUUGUCGUUAUCGGACAAUUAUUUCACCCAGGUGGGCCCGAUCUGCAGGGAUUUGAUAAGGAGUGGGGUACUUGAUAUGAGGAAGAAUUGCAUUCCUGAUCUGCCGUUGCAGAGAUCAGUGGCUGAGUGCGGGGAGUUCUUUGCACACCCUAGGAUCUGUCCUGAUCCGGGCUCGUAUAGUAUCAUUCCUUGCAAGCUUUCUCACAUGCCGUCACCGUUUCCGUUUCCAAGGAAGAACUCUCCACGUUCGCCGCCGCCGCCGCCGUCGCAGUAGAAGCAGCAGAGGGCU